AAUGAGCGAACUUCAGUUCUGUAAUAGGUCUUGACAGGUGACUGGUGGUGUUAUGGCUGUAGAAUGGAAAACAGUUUUUAUGACAGUUGCUGUGGUGUGUUUAUGUUUUGUAGGCAUUCCAAUUAGAGUAGAUAAGCCGAUAGACACUGCUACUCAGGCGCUAUUUAAGGAUUACGUAAAGCGCUUUAAUAAGACCUAUGAGAAUAAUGAAACGGAGUACGCGCUGAGACUGCGUCAGUUCCAGGAAUCCUUGGAAAUGAUUCAGAAGUUGAACAGUGAGAGGAAAUCAGAAGCCAGUGCUCAUUAUGGACUAACAAAAUUUUCCGACAUGUCACCUGAUGAAUUUUUGCAUCAUCAUCUGUAUGUUGGCCUUCAAAGUCACUUGAUGAAAUGCAAUCAUUGGAGGAAUAGGACACAUCAUUCUCAUGAGCGUAAAGAGAGAGCAAUAAAGCCUGUAUCUCUACCAGAACGUGUUGACUGGCGUGAGAAAAAUGUUAUUGGGAAAAUCAGAAAUCAAAAGACAUGUGGUGCUUGCUGGGCCUUUAGCACAGUUGAAACUGCAGAAGCAAUGUACGCAUUGAAAACAGGAGUUCUUGAAGAAUUAAGUGUUCAAGAGAUGAUUGAUUGUGCUCAGAAUGGGAACAUAGGAUGUGCUGGUGGUGAUACAUGUAGUCUUCUUGAAUGGAUUGUUGCAAAAAAUAUUUCUAUUGAGUUAGAAAAACAGUAUCCAUUAACUCUGGAGACACAGACAUGUAAAUUAAAAGGGUCUGGUAAUGGUGUCCAUAUUGCCCCAAAUUUUACAUGUGACUACUUAGUUGGAAAUGAAGAAGAAAUUCUAUUAAUGCUAGCAAAUCAUGGGCCUCUUAUUGUUGCAAUUAAUGCCCUAAAUUGGCAGAAUUACUUAGGUGGAAUUAUUCAGUUUCAUUGUGAUGGCAGUCCUGUGCACAUAAACCAUGCAGUGCAGAUAGUGGGAUAUGAUAAAUCUUCUGCUGUGCCACAUUAUAUUCUUCGAAAUUCUUGGGGGCCAGAUUUUGGUGAUAAAGGAUAUUUGUAUAUUGCUAUUGGUGAAAAUCUUUGUGGAUUAGCAACGGAAGUUUCAUCACUAGAUGUAUUAUGAACAUCCUCCUGAGAUACGCUUCACAUUGUUCUCUUCCAUGUCAUAAAA